AUGGAUACCGAAAAUUGUACGGGACUCCCCUCUUCACCCAUUGCUGGUGAUCGGGACAUUUGGGGUUUUUCUCCCGGGAGUGAAGUCGCGGAGGUGCGGUGGCCGGUCGGAAUCAUCCUCACUAUCCUGAUUGUCCUCAUUGCGUUGGGAAACUCACUCGUCAUCUUUGCCGUUCUCUUGGAGAAGCAUCUUCGCACUUUUGAGAAUUUCUUCUUUGCUUCCUUGGCUGUUGCCGACCUAUCCAUCGCUCUCUUCGUCCUCCCGUUGUCCCUGAUCGUGGAGAUGUCUGAUGGAAAAUGGCACUUUGGUCGAAUGGCGUGCAAUUUCUUCAUCUUCGUUGAUGUGUCAUGCUGCACUGCUUCAAUUCUCCAUCUUUGCGCUAUUGGACUUAACCGCUACUUCUCCAUCGCGUCUCCUUUGAAGAACAACAUCAAGCAGAACAACUUGCGGGUUUUGUUAAUGAUUUUAUCGGUAUGGUUGCUGUCCUUCAUUGUUGCUUCACCGCCACUUUUCGGCUGGCCUGAACGGACUGACAUCAUAUCUGAUGAUCAGUGUACAUAUGAUGAAGACAAAGUAUACAUUGUCUUCUCUGCACUCAGCUCAUUUUACAUUCCUCUAGUGGUGAUGUGUGUGGUGUACUAUCAAAUCUACCAAGUAUAUAGAAAGGGAGAGCGGUUCGGACGAUCGAUGUCAAGUAAAGACGAGGAGGAUACGGAGCAAAGUCCCCAGCUGACUAAUUACACCAAUCAUAAGACAUCUGAUCAGUCAAAAGGUUCAUCAAGGAUCACUUCUGGGUCCAUUUCGCAGGGUUCCCCAAGGAUCAAUGAUGGGCCCAUUUCGACUUGUAAAACAAUGAGGGCGUCAUCAAGAGAUGACCCAUUGGUCCAGGCUAGUCGUAAGUGUCAUAAACUCUUGUCGCUAGUUCAGCUUGCAACAACAAAGAAGAGAAAGAAGAAGGGAAAGAGGAAGGUGAAGAAGAAUUUGUCGAAAGUUAAGACGGCGAAGACACUAGGGUUGAUAAUGACUGUCUUCGUCGUGUGUUGGCUGCCAUUUUUUCUCCUCUACGUCAUCAAGCCAUUCUGCUCUGAAUGUUACAUCCCGGUAGCCUUGGAUAGAUCAGCUCUCUGGUUGGGGUAUGUGAACAGCUUGCUGAACCCCAUCAUCUACAUCUGCUGUAAGCCAUCCUUUCGUCGUGCCUUCAAGAAGAUCUUGCGAUUGGAUUAUUGCAGUCGGUAUCGCCUCCGUAUUGAAUGGUGUCCUCCACGUCAUCGAAUCAUGAUGACGCAGGGACGACGACACAUCGUCCGGCAAGAUUUCUCCUCCACCUCUAAAGCUGAACUCGAUCAACAUGGCAGGCUACACCACAGGUGUUGCUGCAUCCAGCGAAAAUGUCGCCAAACUCCACCAAGUCGGUGUGUCUGGAUGGCCCCAAGGAGCACAAGCAGUAGCCCGCCCUCUGUUGACAUUAAGUAUUUUGAAAGUGGUAACAAGCGAGUCACCUCUGCCUUUGUGAAUGAAACCUCCGAAUGCGUCCAGGCGUCAAAUUGCGAACAUCAACAACAACCGGCAUCUACGGCUCCCCACUUGAAUGAAAACGUCGACCUCAAACACAAUGGGGUCGGUUUUGAUACUGGCAGCAGGGCCCACAAUCGAGCACCUGGGAAGGAGACUGAUCUAAAUCUGAACUCGGAUCAUUCUCCGAGAUUCCGUAUUUUGAAAAGAAGAAGCACCUGGUCGGAGCCCCUGAAUUGGCGCCCACGUGGUUGCUCACCAGACAAGUCUGUGUGUGAGGAGGCGGAUGCCACACCAUCCGUUCCCAUUCUUCUGAAUAGUGAUAAUAGAGAAGUUGUUUGCCAUACUCCAGAGACAUUUGUGUGUGCUUGUAUGUGUACCUUCGACGGCAUCAAGAGUAGGUCUGGUGAUGAGAUACUAACUCCACACAGAGAAAAGUAUACAGUAAAACAAGGUUUUGGAUCCAAUCACGAGAAUAAAAGCGCUGGCCUUAAUACAGAACAGAAUGAAACAAUGCUUUAAUUUUGAAAGAUUUUCAAUGUAUGCGUUUCUAAUCGGGACUUUUGACUGCGCUGGUACAGCAGAUUUGACUGAUGCAGGACCGCCGGUUGGUAAAAUCACAUCCGAGUCGGGGUUAGCCUGACCCGAAAUUGAUCAGACCAUCUUUAGAACCCGGAAUUGUUAAGUUAAUUCUGACCAGGAUUGUUCAGCGCGGGGCCGUCAGGCUCAGUAGCUAUUUUGUGAUGCCACAACAAAAAUGUAGGCCUACUUCUGGUGAUAGGCCGAACACGUGGCGUGAGCUAGCGGUUAAGAACACCGGAUUCAAGCUCUGGUGUUUAGUUAGCAGCGUGUAGGUUCGAGUCCCGGCCGUGACAUUUAUGUCCCUUAGCAGGACACUUAACCAUAUUAUUGCUUCAUAAAGUUGGAGAUAAUGCUUUCUACUCUGAUGGAUGAUACCCAAGCCUUCAUCUGUAUAUGGACUGUAAA